GUGUACGACUAUGGGAAGGAGCACGGCCUGAACUGGCUCCACCCGCAGGACAAGGACCGCAAGCAGCCCGGCCGGUCCAUCUCCUCCGUCGUCCUGCGCGCUGCCCCUGGACAGGCCUGGACCAGGCGGAGGCCCUGCUCGAGGACGCUCGCGAGUUCCUGA